AUUUGGUCACGCACCAACGUCUAAAAAAAGUUACAUUCGACAAGAAGCCCGGAGUGGAGCGUGGGACGGGUAGACGGUACGACCGGUGCUUUUAUCAGGUAAAGUAUAUCGCAAUGGGCGCUGGAAAGGGAGCCGAUGGAGAAAAGAUACCCAUGUUGGGUUGGGUGAAGAAGGCGUUCUUCUUUUCUACGUACGGCUCGGAUGCAGCAGCGAAACCUGCUGCGGAUGAAUUUCACGCGACGAUGGAUCGCAACCCAUGACAUGGGAGCUGGAAGUCCGGCAUUAUCCGUAUGUCGAUGGAUUAAUUCGACAAAGUACUUCCAGCUGGCUGGCCCCGUCCUUAUCCAGAACAGACGAUUCGAGCGGCUCCUCAAGCGAGUGGGGUUGCCUGUCAGCGAAAUCAACGAUGUUGCUUGGUUGUUCGGCCUCUGGCUCGGGGACGGAACGACCGGAAGUACUGAUAUUGCAGUGAACAUAAACGAUGUCGACGAAAUACAACGGAUCCAAGACGUUUGCGGAAAAUUAGGAGUUACUGCUGCUGGUGCCAGGCAAACACCGAGUCAAGUCGGCACACUUGGCGGAAGAGUGUAUAUCCGGCGGCCAAACAGGUUCCGCGAGUUGAUCAAAGCCCUUGGCAUGGGAGCCAAAGGCUCAAAAAAAUUAGAAACAUGGUUCGAGACCGAGCCGAUUUCGGUUCGCGAAAAUAUCCUGGCUGGGUUGAUCGACUCGGAUAGGCAUGUCGUUCGAGUGGAAGGCGAAGGACCCAUUGAAGCAGAUGAAGACGAAAUGGAAUGCGCAACCCGCAACAACGACAUGAAAGAAGCCCAGCGCUUAUACAUACAAGUCAUCAUUAUAUCCAUUUACCAGGACCUCGCGACUGGAGUGAUUGCCCUGGCCCGUUCGUCGAGCAUCAAAUUUUCCAUAGGACACACGGAAGCCCAUGUAAACAAAUACGGCAUGAAUAUGAGAUUCUGCUUCCGAAUCACCCUUAUGCCUUGCAGUGCACUGACUAACGUGUUGAGCCUCCUUUCCAUUCCAUACAAGUAUCGCCCAGCCCCUGCGGUGGUUCGUCGUCUCCCUGUGGAGUACCGGUUCAAGGUGGAACGCGAGUCUUUAUCGCGCGUAUUACAAGAAAUAUACAUUGAUCGCCAAAAGGUAGAUUUCUUGUGAUGUCCGGGGGGCAGUGAGUUUUGUUACUGAUGAUCUCGUUGUACAGCGCAAGGCAAUGGCGAGUUCUGUCGAGUCAUCGGAAGCGGGUCCAUCGACUGGAGGCGCCUCGAGUUCUACAGGACCAUUUGUGCGUCCGCGCCCCCCACCUUUGAUGUUGACAUCGCAAAGACGCCCCUAAUCAAUGGCGAUGCCGUCACCCAGUUUGAGCACGAGUUCUGAAAGCGAC